UACCUGGGGCCCGCUCAUGUAUCAGCAUUUGCUGUUCCCACAUCGAAUUGUUUUGCCUCAUGGACUUCUAAUGCUGUUCAACAUUGGUGACUUCAUUGGCUUAGCCGUGUCUGUUUGUGUGAUCGACCUCAUCGGAAGAAAGGGAGGUUUCGCUGUAGGUUUCUUCCUGCAGGGGAGCAUUCUUAUGCUCUUGGCAGGAGUCCAUCAAGAAGCCCACAAGUUUGGUUCGUAUAGCAUCUACUUGCAGUCCCUUUUGGGGGUGUUGGCAGCGAGUUGCCGAAGCUUUGCUUGGGAGGGAGCUGUGAUGUGGGCGCUGGAGGUCUUCCGCACGAGCCUUCGUGCAGCCGCACUGAGCUCCUCCCGGACCUGCAUGCAACUGAUGGCCGUUUUGACUUUGAAGGUCUCCGCAGAGUACUUGUCACAGUACCCUGCUGCGCAGUGGCUGCAGCUUUUUGGAGGCUCCCUAAUUGUGGCAGGGGUGAUCGUGGCUCUUUGCAAUCCACAGGAAACUGCAGGUAUGCCACUGGCUGAGGGUGUUUCACAACCCUGCCCUGAUGAGAGAGCACAGGCCUGACGAUGCUCAGCCACAGAAGCUCGAACAGUUCGCCGGAUGGUGCUCAGGAUGUCAAAACGAUCCGCGAGUUGUAGGCAAUUGCUCUUUGGGGUUUGAAAUCAUGGUUGCUGGCAACGUCCGGACACAGCAACACUUCUCCAGAAAUGUACAGAUUUGAGCGAAGGCC